AUGAUUGAAUCAGAUAGCAAUAAAGAACUUGAAAAAGACAAUGUAAAAACCGAGGAGAAUACUGUUGGAUUCAAUGAAAAAGUGCAAGUGCUGAACGUACCUCUCGACUGCCUCCAUUAUUUUCUACUAAAGAAUCCUGGCGAUUUCUGCCUGACCAAAACCGAGAAGUGCGGUCUGUAUUUGUCGAUUCUGAUUCCCCGAGAUAGUUUCCAAAGCGAUGAGGAGCACCCGAUUCAUCUUAAAAUUGAGCAAUACGAUUUAGAGUACGGAAUUCGAGGAAUGCUCUUCACAAGAGCACCUUCUCUACAGCAACUAAUCGCCGAUUUGAGCAAUAGUCCGAUCCAUGUGCUUUCUGGCGUUCUUGAGAAAAACGUGAUGAUGAUACGAAUUAUAAAUGAAGCCGCAUUGCUCAAGGCAAACGUGUUUCCGAAAAAGGAAGUAUUGAACAAAGUGGUCAUGAGCAAUGACAACAUGUAUAAUACAUUCAGCGCCGAAGUGGUAUUGAGCAAGAACACACCGGAGAAGGUGAUUUUAUUGGAACCAGCCACACCAAAAUUUAAUGAAGAAUUUCGAAGAAAACUAUACGAGGAAAUGCAAAUGCAAGCGAUUGCAAAUACGAGAAGGCUUCCGAUUCGCGUUCCUCUUGGAGCGAUUAUCGAACCAAUGGCUUUGAUUUAUUCAAAUCAAAAGGGCUAUCCAUUGGAUUACCUUCUGGACACUGCCCAACAUUGUAUGGAUAUGUGCCAGCGCGUUAAAAUUUGUGCGAGUUGCGUUCGAAUUAUGUCCGAUUUCCACACCGAAGGCUUAUUCCACGGCGGUGUGCUUGCCAGCAAUUUCUACGCGAUUCUGACAAAUGAGACUGGCAGUUGUCGAACUUUUGAGCUUUUGUUCAAUGGUGCCGACGGAAUAAUGAUGAAAGGAAAGAAAAAGACUCUGGAAUGUGUCGAUUAUGAUUUAUACGCGCCUGAGCUCGCGUUCACCCGUUCAAUGACUCCGGAAAGCGGUGUUUAUAGUAUGGGAAAGUUGUUUGAGAAGAUUUUGGAGCCUGAUAUUUCGGGUAAGUCGUCAAGAUUUAAAUUUCGGCACAGCAGCGACAUAAUGAGAGAAAUGCGCUACUUGAUAGCUGUCUCCACGCGAAACAAUCCAAUGCAGCGACCAACGAUGCAUGGAAUCCUGUUAGUGAUCCGUCAACUUCUACACAAGCUGCCUCAGAAGGAAUGCAGCAUUAAUUUCGUUCACUACGAUCAAUUCAACUGA